AUGGACAAAGUCAGGCGUGAAAUGGAAGUCAUGCUUGCCGGUCUAGACGACAAUCUCGCGGCAACCAUGAUCGAAUUUUGCUACAAGACAACAAAACAUAUCGAAAUUCAUCGCGCAAGGAAACUCAGACUCUGGAAGGAAUUCUACGAGCCGCCACCCAUCAAUGAUCCUGCUGACAGGCACCCGGCUGAGUAUAAGAAGAUAGAUGAUAAAUACUACCAACUGAAUAAGAAGCUUCCAGCAUUGGAGAAAUUGCGAAAUCUUGAAUUAGCAAGGAAAAUUGCAGUGGAGGAAUUGAAUUUUCAGGUCUUGAUGGCUGAGGAGUCAGAGAGGCGCGAGGAUUUAAAGAAGGCGAAGGAGACGCAGGUAACUAGUGAAGACCCAAAGGAUGGGGUCAGCGAAAAAUAA